AUAGACCAGUUCAAAAUUUUCAAUUUAAUUGAAAAGCGAAAAAAAAAAAAAACGGGCCUUUAUAAAAAACCAAAUAGAGCAUUGCUCAAUUUGCUAUCUUGUUUCGGAGUCUCAAAACUUUCAAACAGAACGAAAAAUGCAAGCAGCAGCAAAUCCUAGAAACCUUCUGUUUGCCCUCUUGCUCACCAUGCUCAUUUCUUCUCGCUUGGUUCACUCCGGGCACUUCACCAGCUCUCCAUCACUGUCUCCAUCACCUUCGCCAGCUGUAGGAAAUCCAACGGCAAAUGAUCAUGAACCAUCUAAAGGGAAAGGGACUGUUAACAAGUUAAGGAGAGGGUCAUUUCCGGCUACUUGUCGUUCAAAAUGUGACGAGUGCGAGCCUUGCAUGCCAGUUCAAGUAUCUGUCCGAGCAAUGUCAUUGGAAGAGAACGAGUACUAUCCACAGGUUUGGAAAUGUGCCUGCGGUGAUAGCAUAUUUUCCCCUUAAGGAUGGCUAGAUUAAUUUAACACUACUGCUGUACGUAAUAA